AAUAGUUUGUUGUUGCUGAGGACGGAAGAGCACUUGCCACGUUUCGUGAACAUUGAUACGAUUUGCAGGGUGGACACAUCAAAAUGCCGGAGAAAUUAACGUCUGUUGUUGCAAAGUUUUAUGACGAAUAUAUCCAGUCAACACCCAAAAGACUUAAAAUUGUAGAUGCUUACCUAGUGUACGUGUUCUUGACGGGAGUAUUCCAGUUCGGAUAUUGUUGUUUGGUGGGAACCUUCCCAUUCAACUCAUUUCUCUCUGGAUUUAUUUCAACAGUUGGUUCAUUUGUUUUGGGAGUGUGUCUAAGGCUUCAGGUGAAUCCCCAGAAUAAAAACGACUUUGUCGGAAUCAGCCCUGAAAGAGCCUUUGCUGACUUUGUAUUUGCUCACGUCAUUCUACACUUAGUCGUUAUAAACUUUCUGGGUUGAUGGACAGCAGACACUGGUGGCAAGAUUGAGGCCGUCACAAGGGGAGGGUGGGGACCAGGGGGGUAUUCAUGCAUAUACAACACAAUCAUCAAUAAAUGUUAAUUUAACAGUA